AUGGACAAGAUGGUGAGCAAGAUCAAAAGUUUGGAGAAGAAGGUUUCUGGUUCUUCAAGCAAGAAGAAGAAGUCCAAGGCCCCCACAUUCCUUAGGAGUAGAUCACUCCUCACCACUCCAAGGAGGCUCCCUGCCCAAGAGCCUCACAGAGCCUCUUCUUUCGAGCCAAGGGAAGGAGAAGACAACACGCAGAGAAGGAGGAAGACUUCCAAGGCCAGACGCUCCAGCUCGACCACCGGACUCGAUCGAGUCCAAACAGAGGAAACUCAACUCGAUCGAGCUGAGGGUCGAGUUGACCUGGAGGAGCCCCUAUUGAGGAUCCCGGAUUCGAGUACGAUCCCAACGCCUACCAGGACUUCUCCAGACCAUGGACCCCUACAGCUUCGAGCAAGCCAACUCCACCAAGGCCAAGGGAGCCACACACACUUCAAUGAAGAAGAGGAAGAAGAGGAGCCGCAAGCUCGAUCGAGUGAGGUGAACCCAGUCGAGUGGAG